AUGACCCAUGCUGAGCCAGGUAUCUGUGAUGGCACACUGGGCAGAAACUGCAGACUGUUUGGUGUAAUACUGAUUUUUAAUAAUUACUGUGAAGAUUGUUUGCGGCAGUCAGAUGAGGGUCUCCAAGCUCAGAUGAAUUCUGUGAUCGGUGCUCUCCAGGAGCUCAAACUCUUGCAGGUCCAGACUGCACUGAAGGAGCUGGAGUUCUCCAGUAACACGAGCCAGGCCUCUUCAUACACUCACACAAUGCUCGAUCAGAUAAACCACAGCUCAAGAAUAACCCACCUGAACCAAACACAGAAUCCAGAAGAAAUUCUUUCAAAAGAAUGUUUCAAGACUGAGCUUAUCAUGGAACCGUCUUUGUUCCUCACUAGUUAUCCAGCAGAGAACCGCCGUACUCACACGGUACAUGAACGCAGGAGGGUUUACAGAGGAAGUCUGAGCACUUCUUCCUCUUUUUCCUCUCAGGAAGACACAACCGGUAAUUUCUCCUCAUACGAUAUUGAUGACUCCACCGAUUGGACAGCCUCAUUGAUGAACCACAGUAGAAACAGACAGCCAUUGGUACUGGGCGACAAUGUUUUUGCUGAUUUGGUCGGGAACUGGCUGGACCUGCCUGAUGUUGGAGGCCAGACAGCAGGUAAGGAGCAGAAUGACUUGAUUCUUAAAGACACAUUUUCGGAGUCAUCAUCUAGCAGUCACUCUCAAGAUCUCUCCAGGAAACUCUCACUAACAGCAGGCAUCUUCAAACGGGUCCUACGCCGCGUUCGGCCACUGCACCACCAAGAAAGCAAAACAACAGAUGUCUGUAAACAACCGAAGAUCACAUGCAGAAAGUCAAAAUCAGAUGUCAGCAAGCCAUUCUGGGCAAGAACAAGAGGAAUUAAGAAGAAAAACACACCCAUCCAACAAGAGGGCUCAGAGGGUUUGAUAGACAGAGGAUGGGCGGAGAUUGUAGAGAAGCAUCCAUCUGUGUUUGAUUACAGCUCAGCUGUGUGGGUCUGAUAUAAUUCUACAUGGAAGAUACUGUUACAUAUAUUAUUAUCAAUUGUUAGACAUAAUAAGUGGACUUUAUGAUCAAAAUUGUCUUAAAAGUGAUUUUCAAAUCACGAUGCUGCCUUUCAAUGCACCUAGGAAAGUCAGCCAUUUGUUAUUGUGUCAUAUUCAAGUCGAACGUAGUCUAAACAAAACUAUAUUUUGAACACCAAACCCAAAUAACUACAUCUGAAAAAAAAGAAGAAAAAAAAAAUUUCAUGGUAAACAUGUAAACUAAAUGUGAAGCAACCUGUAAAAGUUGAGAGAUAAACACCAUUCACAACAGACUGGCUUGCCACUUGCCGAUGUAGAGGUAAUAUUGUCCUUCUCCCUCAAGUGAGAGGAGUAGCACUCCUGAAACUAUUGAUUCCAAAGAUAUGUUAGGUAAACAUUUCUGGAACGCAUUUGUAUGUUUUUUGUUUGUUUUUUGGUGAUGUAAGCAUGGCAGAGCAAAGUAUUAAUGCUGUAUUAAUACAGGCACAUUGUGUUGCCCUACUGUGUUUCUGUGAGAUCCCUUGAGAGCCAAAUGCUGUUUCUGCUGAUGUAUCUAUGUUUAGGUUUAGGCCUAACUGUCAGUCAUUCUAUGAAAAAGUCCUGAUUGGUGCUUUUUCACAAAUGUCUUACUCAUGUGUUAGCUUUGCAAGCAUAAACCUGCUUUGUAUUGGACAGAAAAACUAUGCAAUGAUGCUAAACUGCUAUGCAAAAAAAUGAAAACUGAGCAAAUUCAAAUACCUGCCUGUUUUCUCAGCACCUUCAUGUUAUCUGUAAUAGAUAUAAAUAUAUGGCUGUUGGUCCUGCAAUAGUCUCUAUACCUGUUUUCAGAGCCUAUUUAAUACAUGAAGUGA